CGCGCCGCGCUGGGAGCUCUGCCGGGACGGAGCCUGCGCCGAGCCCGGGCCGCGCCGUCCCGCCCUCGCCCCACAGGCACCCGCCUUCGCCCCCGUCUCACCGGAGCCGUCGGGGCCCCGGAAACGGUCUGCGGAGCGCGGCGGGGAGCGGGCCCCCUCCACCUUCGCUUUCCCUCCGGCCUCGGAGGAUGAGGAGCACCGACCGCCGAUCAGUAGAAAUAUGCAUCUCCAUAAUAUUACCUUUGAACUAAUGAAGUGGAAGUACAGAUGAAAACAGUCUGGAGGAAGCUUGAAGUACACUACAGUUUCAUUCAGUUUCCCAAUUCUGAGGAAACGAAGUUGGAAAAGUUACAAAAGCAUCUUUCCAGUCAAGCACCAAAUCUUGUAUUAGGCUUCACCGAACAGGCUAAGCUUAACAUUUGUCAAGCAGAAGGACCAGUUGCCUUGCACAGGAAGGAUUAAAAGUGAACAAUGACUCAAUUGAGAGUUUAUGAGCGAUUGCUUGGAGCCUAUCUGCUGAUCAUUCUCUGUGUUCAAGGUCAAAAUCUUGACAGCAUGCUUCAUGGCACAGGAAUGAAGACAAAUCCUGACCAGAAGAAACAAGCGAAUGGAGUAACACUUGCUCCAGAGGACACCUUACCUUUUCUUAAGUGCUACUGCUCAGGACAUUGUCCAGAUGAUGCUAUUAAUAACACAUGCAUAACUAAUGGGCACUGCUUUGCUAUCGUUGAGGAAGAUGAACAUGGAGAACCCACACUUGCUUCUGGCUGCAUGAAGUAUGAAGGUUCAGACUUCCAGUGCAAGGACUCACCUAAAGCACAGUUACGUCGAACAAUCGAGUGCUGUCGGACUGAUUUCUGCAAUCAGGAUUUACAACCAACAUUACCACCACUUGACAGUACAGAUGGGCUCUUUGAUGGCAGCAUUCGUUGGAUGGCAGUGUUGAUUUCUAUGGCAGUCUGCAUAAUUGUCAUGAUCAUCUUAUUUAGCUGCUUUUGUUACAAGCAUUACUGUAAGUCGAUGGCAAAGAGGCACUGUUAUAAUCGUGACCUGGAGCAAGAUGAAGCAUUUAUUCCAGCUGGGGAGUCAUUAAAAGACCUUAUUGACCAGUCACAGAGUUCUGGGAGUGGAUCAGGACUACCGUUAUUGGUUCAGCGCACUAUUGCCAAACAAAUUCAGAUGGUGAGGCAAGUUGGAAAAGGACGAUAUGGUGAAGUGUGGAUGGGCAAAUGGAGGGGUGAAAAAGUUGCAGUGAAAGUGUUCUUCACCACAGAAGAAGCUAGUUGGUUUCGAGAAACAGAGAUUUACCAAACUGUUUUAAUGCGUCAUGAAAACAUCCUUGGUUUCAUAGCUGCAGAUAUUAAAGGCACUGGCUCCUGGACACAGCUGUACUUGAUUACAGAUUAUCAUGAAAAUGGAUCAUUGUAUGAUUUUCUGAAAUGCACUACGCUAGACAACAGGGCUCUCCUCAAACUGGCAUAUUCUGCUGCAUGUGGUCUGUGCCAUCUACACACAGAAAUUUAUGGGACCCAAGGCAAGCCUGCCAUUGCCCACAGGGACCUGAAGAGUAAAAACAUCUUGAUAAAGAAAAACGGAACCUGCUGCAUUGCAGACUUGGGUCUUGCAGUCAAGUUUAACAGUGACACAAAUGAAGUUGAUGUUCCGUUGAAUACUAGAGUGGGAACAAAACGUUACAUGGCUCCAGAGGUCCUAGAUGAAAGCCUGAAUAAAAACCAUUUCCAGCCAUACAUCAUGGCUGACAUUUACAGUUUUGGGCUGAUCAUUUGGGAAGUGGCUCGACGCUGUGUCACAGGAGGUAUUGUUGAAGAGUAUCAGUUGCCAUAUUAUGACAUGGUGCCAAAUGAUCCAUCCUAUGAGGACAUGAGAGAAGUGGUGUGUGUCAAACGCCUACGCCCAGUAGUAUCGAACAGAUGGAAUAGUGAUGAAUGUUUAAGAGCAAUAUUGAAAUUAAUGUCUGAAUGCUGGGCUCAUAAUCCUGCUUCGAGGCUCACUGCCUUGAGGAUCAAGAAGACACUUGCCAAGAUGGUGGAAUCACAAGAUGUAAAGAUUUGACAUAGAAAAUUGACAUUGGAGAGCAAAGCUGGACUCCUAGAUCUUUUCACUCAAAUACGAGUGAGACCUAUGUGGAAAGAGGAAAUAACUGAGAUUCAGUAUAUUUUCUCAGCACACUUCUACAGGCUGCUAAUAAAAUCUUUCAGUACGUCAUAGACCGUGAUACUGAGAGCCUCUAUACACUACGUGCUACAUAAAUAGACAGCCUUGAUAAAAUUCACAUUUUGGUUUGUUUGAGCUGCAUUGAGACUUCAUUCAUACAUAGUGAGUCUCCAGUAAAACUCUGGGUACUGAAUUGAAUGUUCAGAUUACAGUGCUUUCUGUGAAAGCCUCACAAGCUAUAUGGAUUCAACAGAGAUGGAGAAUAUAAGCUUUUUCUUUUGUUUUUGCCUUCUACCUGAUAAAACCUAGUCAAUCCAUACCAAGUUUUUGUGAAACAGGCUGUAGGUUAUGAAUCUGUUUGCGAUACUACUCAGUUUAACAGUUGCCUUUAUGUGUGUGCCAGGAUUAUUUUGCUGUCAUUUGGAAUAGAUAAAUAAUUAAAUGAACAAAGUUUUACGAUCAGGGUUCCAUGCAUUUUGUAGCUCCACAAUCAAGAGAUUUGCUACAGAAUCCUUGCUAUUAAGUUAUCUUCCUAAAUCUCAGUUUUAAUUUUAUUUCAGUUUUAUUUCUGUUCUUGUUUCGGUCAUAAGGAGAACUGCAAAAACAUUAACAAAUUAAGGCGUACCUA